AUGGAGGCUGUAACGGUACUUUGGCGCCGUCUUGCGAAGCUGCUCCUCAAGAUUUCAUCGAUUCUGAAGCGACAAUCGAAGCUGUCAAUGGAUGAGAUUAAUGAUCUGAAGCAAAGCGCCGUUGCAUAUGGUGAAGAAUGGGUGUCAAUGAUUCCAGGCAAGGAUUCUCUUUUCAACAAGCUGCAUACUUUAAUUGCUCACUUGACUGUCUUUGCCGAAGAGCAUGGAACUAUUGGACUUGUGAAUGAGGAGAGCUUUGAAGCAACCCACCCAAGAGCUCAAACCAUUAGCACCCAUUUGAGAAGUAUGAUUGCAGCAGAAGGCAAGGUUCAAAAGACAGUGCAGCGCUUUUCGCUUGACCUGAACAGCGAGUACCAGGCCACACGAACUGCUCUGCAAGAUGGCCGGAAGACGGGAGCUCGCAACCUGCGGAAUUCCGACAAAUACAACGUUACUCAUCUUUCACGACGACAUGACACGGCACCAAUCUACAAUCCUCCUCACUGCCAGGACAAUGUGCUGCCUGAUGGUCUCAUUCAUGUUGACACAAACCAAGCCAUUGUCAAGCAAGAGUGGCUUGACUAUUACAAUUAUCUCGUUUGUGGGCGCAUUCCAGCCCCUUGGAGAAAGACGUUUGGCAGCGAUGAUGGUAUUGGCACUGUGUUCAAAGUCAAGUCUGAGUAUGUCACAAACUAG